AUGGUUCCCGAACAGGAAACUGGAGGAUCGAUAGAGCGAUCCCGGAGGCAGCUCUCUACUUCGGCCCCCUGCCCGACCAACCCCGAGGCAGAGCCCAUAAAGGAAUCCGAGGUGCCUGCACCAACCCAAGAGGAAGCGGCGCAGGAGAUUACACAGUCAUCACAAGUCUCGCCUCGACGUGAGGCCGAGCCUCGUGCCUCGGCGCCUCAAUCUGCCCCUUUAACCCGCAAUCCUUCGUCCGACUCUGCCAUCUCUGUGGGAGUCGUCUCAUCCUCUCCCACCCCAGAGCCCACUCUUCCAUCCCACCACACACAGCGUCUUGAGCCACCAGUCACAAAAGGCACAUUGAGCGAGCUCGAUGUUGCCAAGAUCAUCCACAACCCCAAGCUUCGUCACGAUAUCAACUUCGACCCUGAGCUCCAUUUCCGCCCCAACAUCGAUGGUGAAAAGGGCCGCAGAAAACAUGAAAAGGCAAAUCAGUUUUGGAGGGCGCUGAAACAGGAGCUGUCGGAGUUUCUCAUGGACCGACCUACAUUCAUCUACAAGCACGGCGAGAAAGAUGACUGGACUUUGCCUAUCCUGCUCAAUGCGGUCAAGGACAUAAUUCAGACACUUGUUCCCCAGCGAGACCGCCUUUUCUUGGACGAGGGUCUUGAUGUCAAGCUACUCAUGCGACAAUUCCACAAGGGCGUUGCCGACCUUGAGAAGCUUGCCCAGUGGCUGUCGAACGUCUUGAAGUCACACUGCGCUCCCAUGCGCGAUGAGUGGGUUGAUGCCAUGUACAACCAGCUGAGCAAUGGAAACAAGAACAUGGACCUCGACGAGCUCGUCACUGGAAUGCGAAGCCUGCUGAACGUUUUGGAAGCCAUGAAACUGGACGUCGCAAACCACCAGAUUCGCUGCCUGCGACCGGCAUUGAUCGAGGAUACAAUCCACUUUGAGCAGAAGUUUUUCCUCAAGAGGAUGGAGUCGGGCAAGACUGAUAUUAGCAUGUCAAGACAGUGGUAUAAGGAGGCGGAGCAGGCGUACGCCGACAGCCGAAUGCACCCCACACAAUCGUUUGGGGAUAUGGGUGUAUUUUUCGAGGGCCUAUCAAGACUCAUGCUGCCCUCGGCCUGGGAGGAACGACUACCCACCACCUUUACCUUUGACGAGGAGCGACUGAUGAAGCUUAGAGCCGACGUGCUGGACGCCAUCAACCUGGAAGUGUGCAUGCGCGUCUAUGAAGACUUUGAGAGAAUAGGACGUCGCACUCCCGCAGCCCCAUCAUCUGACUGCUCUUCCCAGGUGGACGACAUCAUGGACAGAUUUGAUUUCAACACUCCCCCAUCCAUCUCCAGGCCGUCAAGCGUCGUCCACAGCGCGGCUGGAUCUGCCUCCUCGUCACCCAGAUCUUCCUUUGUGGUCCCUUCCUAUGUCGCUCCCAAGCGUGACUCUCAGACCAAAGCUCGUGAGCUGUUCCAGACGCUCGUUGCGCUGCUGCAGACUUCCCCGCAAGCAAGCCAGCCCUCUACUCGAUGGCAGAUGAUGGCUCCGUCAAUGGCACUGCAAAUCUUCCGCUUUGUCAACCUGCCGUCCACCACUCUGCCUCAUUUGGAGGCCAAGCUGGCUUCCGCACUCAGCGACAUCGACUCCCCUUACUACCGCGAUGCUGAAGAGAGCUUCCUUAAACGCUUGAUGGCCGACCUUGGCGCUCGAGUCCGCGAGUUCAAGGGCCUCUCUGGUGUUGCCCUGUUUUCAGUCGCAACUGGCGUUCGAGUUCCCAGUCGUCGACCCGCCACGGCAGACCGUGAUACUGAUGGCGGUUCACGAGAGGCCUUUGACGAUGCAAGCGUGGACGAUAUUGCUACCAGAAUGGCACACCUCGGCGUUUUGCACUGGCGUGUUUGGUCUCAGCUCGCAUAUGCCGAUGAUGAUCAAAUGACGGUUGAUGAUGACUCGAUGCAAAUUUAA